AUGGAAUUCUCAUUACACUGCGAAGUUACGCUGAAUAAUCGCCUUGAAGCCGUGGAAAACUGUUUAAAGGCUGGAGAAGACCCUAAUGGAAUAGAUGACUAUGGAAACGCGCCUCUUCAUUGCAUUAACUAUUACGACGAGGAGGCGUUCAAAAUGGUUGAACUUCUUCUUAGUUACGGAGCAAAUAUGCUUCAACGGGAUCGUCUAGGAAGACUACCCUUUCAACAUGCCUUAGAGUAUGCAAAUAAAAAAGCAUGUCAAACUUUUCUAGACAAGGGAUUUUCCCUGCAAAAGGCUGACUGCAUGCGAAAUGGCACGUAUGAAAUAUUCAGUAAUUUGGAGCUGUUUCAACUCGAAUCCAUUGAGGUUCUUCAAGUGCUUGUUGAUCUCGGCGUGGAUUUAUCAGAAACGUUAUCUUCAAACGGCGAAACCCUUCUACACAAGGCGGUUGAGUCGGGGGCUUCUGUAGAAACGGUGCAGUUUCUGACAAGAACUGGAAUAUCAGUAAACAGCAGCAAUUCUCUGGGAAUGACGCCUUUACAUAUGCUGAGAUAUUUAGACUGUACUAGUAAUCCUGUCGAUAAAUAUGACAUAGAGGGAUCGCGGCAUUCAAAACUAAUAAAGCUCUUCUUAAUGGAAGGCUAUAAUGUCAACAAUCAAGAUGUAUUUGGUCGUGCCUUGUUACAUUAUGUGAUAUCUGAACUGCGACAAAGCUCUCUCUUGCAGUUCCUUGUCAGCCAUGGUGCAGAGUUAAACAUUAAAGACAGAAAUGGUGUCACACCUUUACAUUUAGCAUGCUCCUGGAACAAUGAAACAAAUUUAAGGGAAAUGUUUAAUAGUGGCUGUGUGGUUGAUAUCGAGGACAACAAUGGAGCAACAGUAUUUCACUACACAGUUUUCUACAACAAUGCUACAGGAUUGAAAUAUUUAUUAAAUCAUUGUAAACCUGGUUUGGUUUCCAAGCCAGACAAGUCUGGCAGAUCUCCGCUCCAGUGGGCUGAGUGCUUUGGAUAUGUGCAGCUAAUUGAUCUCUUUGAAGACUAUUUUUUAUCAUUGAACAGAGGCUUUACAAGGACAAAGCUACCUGAUGUGUUUCCACUAAAAGAUGAGUUCUGUGACAUCAAGAAGCAAGAAGAUGUUGAAAACAUGCAAUCAAAGGACUUCUCUCUCACUACCAACCCAAACAAAACACUGCAAAAACUGUUGACUUCGCCAGUGAUUGGCAAACUACCAGAAAUUUCAGAGACAAAGGAUGUUCAAAUUGCAGUGAGAAACGUUAUGGAGCAGGUUGCAGCAAUCAUUUCAAAAGCUUUUCCUCUGUUUACAUUUGUACCUGAAAUCUCAGGGAGCAUGAGUGAAGGCACAAAAUGUGGAUUUCCUAAUGAGUUUGACUUCCUGUGCACAAUGGUCAAACUUAGUGAGCAUUUCCAACAGCCAAAUGUGGAAUCCAGCCCUCCAAUGUUUUGUCAGUUGCAUAUAAAACCUGAUGUUCACCUUCAAGGUCAUGAGAUUUUGCAAUAUGUAGACAAAGACAACAGUUUUAGAAAUGCAAAAUUUGUUAUUGACUUCAGUGAUCAGCUGAAUAGGGCAUUUUUGGAGAAGGAAAUUUGGGAUGACAUCCCCACUUUAGCACCAGUUAGUGUUUGUUUAAUGGGAGCAAAUGCUACAAAGAUUACCCUGAAUUGGCAUGGGCAAGUUUACAGAGAUAUGCUGAUUAGUGUAGAUAUUGUCCCUGCAUUGCACUUCCCAAAGUUUUGGCCUCCAAAUGUUUCUGAAACGGCAUUGCUUCACUCAAAGAUAAAGGAAAGAGGAGUUCAUGUUGUCAUGGCUCUGCAUGGUGAAAGUUUUUUUCAAGGUGGAGAAAAACACUUUCGUCUCUCUUUUUCUCUGGCUGAGACUGCGAUAUUCCAGGCUCUUCCAGAGUAUAUUCAUUCAGGUUACAUUCUUGCGAAGGCUGUGAGAAGUACCUAUGUGUGUCCACAAAUUGAACCAAAGAUUCCAACAAUGGAAGACCAACUGAGCAGUUCUGGUGAAGAACAAAACAGUGAAAUGGAAACUGAGGAAUCAACACACAAAGCAACAGAGUUGACUUUGCCGGUGAAUAGCAGCAUCUCUGCAGAGACAGUUAUAUCCAGUUACUUUUUAAAAAAUGUACUUUAUGUUUUAGUGAAUAGAUCAUACGAGAAAGACACCAACCUUUGUGUACAGAAUGUAUCUGAAGAUGAGGUGAUGAUCUGGGCAAAACAGAUCUAUGACUUCCUUGAGAAUUGUCUCCAACAGGAAAAUCUGCCUUCUUUCUUUUUACCAAACCUUAACUUGCUAGAAAGGAGUUAUGAUUCUGAACAGCACGAUAAUGUGUUUUAUGGUGGAUUGGAAUCUCACCCAAUGGAUGAAGACUUGAUGCAGGAUUUAGAUGAUGCACUAGAGGGCACAAGAGAGGACGGGGUAGAACAUUUGAGAAAACCUUUUAUUAAAAUGUUAAAGGGGAUUGUUCAGUCUAACUCAUAA